AUGGUGUCUGGAAAAGUUGUCACGCUUUUGGGCUGGGCUGGAGCGUCGGAGAAGAAUAUCGGGAAGUUUGCGAAGAUCUAUGAGGAUAAGGGGUAGGUUAGAGGCUUUCGCCAAGUCAUAAGCAACUUUUUUUCUCAGAUACAAGACAAUCCAAUACACGGCUCCAGUUUAUUAUGCUGGAUGGGGAACGAAGAAUUCCAGAGACGUCACGGAGCUCUCCAAAAUUUUGAGCGAACUUCCUGACCUGAAAUUAAUUUUUCACCUAUUUUCAAUGAAUGGAGUGCUAACUUUUUGCUCAUUGUGCUUGCAAUAUCCCGAUUUGAAGAUUAUGGAAAGAUCUCAGGGGAUAUUUUUCGAUAGCGGCCCGAUUCAUAAUAUUAAUGCGGAUUGGAAGAUCAUUCGGGCUUAUGCGACUGUUAUGCAACAUUUUUAUGAUAGCAAAGUUUGGAAUUUGAAAAUUUCAUUUUUUUUUCCAGCAAAACAUUUUUCUUCUAGAAAAUCAACACUAACUUCAUCAUCAAUUUUUUCUACGAGGUUUCCAAAUAUUUUGCAAUUGUCAAAAAUGCCUACACAAUUUAUCAAGACAUGCUUCUAAUCAAAUCCGGUCUAAUUCCCCCGGAAAAAGUCUCGGCAUAUUUUUAUCUCCAAAAUCAUCCAAAUCUUCCCAAAGUCUUGUCAUUCAUUUAUUCGGAUGCUGAUUCGAUUUGUGAUGCUGAGUAG